AUGUCCUGCAGCGCGGCGGACGGGAAUGCUGCGGAGCUCCCCAAGAAGGGGGGUUUUCCUAGACAAGACAGAAGCAGCAGCAGCAGCAGCAGCAGCAGCAGCAGCAGCAAAGUUGACUUGUUGACUGCUGCUGCUGCAGCAAGACCCGAAGGCCGUUUGCUGCUUCUCGAAGCAGCAGUCCUCAGGGGGGAGUACAACGAGGUGUACAGACACCUCAGACGGCUGGAGCCCCUAUUUGUGCAGCCAGCAGCAGCAGCAGCAGCAGCAGCAGCAGCAGCAACAGCAGCAGCAGCGGACAGAGAAAAUGAAGCCGCAGCAGGUGCCGCUGCCGCAGCAGCAGAGACGCCCGCAGCAGUAGCAGACACACCGGCAGCGGCAGCAGCAGAAGCAGCAGCAGAUGCACCAGCAGCAGCAGCAGCAGCAGCAGCAGCAGCAGCAGCAGAAGAGCUUGCUUUCUGCUUCCUGUCUGCUGCAGUGGAGACAUGUGGGGCCCUGGGGCGCCGCGAAGAGCAGCAGCAGUGGCUGCUGCGUUUGCUGCAGCACAGCGGACUGAUUUCCCCAGCCAGCAGCAGCAGCAGCAGCAGCAACGGCAGCAGCAGCAGCAGCAGCGGAGGUGUGCGCCUGUGCCUGGAGGCAGCAGCAGCAGCAAACAAUGCUGCUGCUGUUGCUGCUGCUGCUGCUGCUGCAGUGGAUGCCUGGUACGUGUGGCUGAAGGCCCGUCUGCAUGCAGAAGACUUCAGGGAGGUCAGCAGCAAACUUGCUGCUGCUGCUGCACCUUUGCUGCGGUCUCUCCUGGGCUCGCUGCAGCUCAAUAAAGCAGCACCUGCAGCAGCAGCAGCAGCAGCAGCAGCAGCAGCAGCAGGGGGGAAAGCAGCAGCAGUGCGUUCGCUGGCUGAGUGGGCGGACAGGCCGAUAUUCUUCGGGCUGCCGCUGCAGCAGCUGCAGCAGCGGCAGCAGCAACUGCUGCUGCUGCAGCAGCAGACACGAUCAGCACGGCGCCAAGCGCUCUUCAUCGAGGGUCUUGCUGCUGCUGCGCUGCUGCUGCAGCUGUGUGGCUUUAAAGCAGCAGCAGCAGUGCUGCUGCUGCAGGCCCGAGAGCUGCUGCUGCUGCCUUCCCCCUGCAGCAGCAGCAGCAGCAGCAGCAGCAGCGCCAGAGACUCGUCGUGGGUCCUGGGGAUCCCCAGCAGCAGCAAGGCCUAUCCCGCGUUGCAGCUGCUGCACUGCUUGCUGCAGCAGGCAGCCCCAGCGGCAGCAGCCCCAACCCAAGCAGCAGCAGCAGCAGCAGCAGCAGCAGCAGCAGCAGCAGCAGCAGCGCCAGCAGCAGCAAGAAGCUGCUACGCCUGCUUGCUUUUCAUAGAUAUGGAAGGAGCCCUCAGAGACCCCAGAAGUCUUCCUUCUCUUUCGGGGCCAAUUCCUUUGCUGCUGCAGGAGCAGGAGGGAGCAGCAGCAGCAGCUGGCGCUGCUGCUGCUGCUGCUGCUGCGCUGCAGACGCCGCAGGCUGCUGCUGCGCUGCUGUCGCGGCUGCUGCUGCAGCCCCUCAUCCCCCACGAAGCCUGCGGGGGGUCUUCCUGGGGUUUGCUGCAGCGGCUGCUGCUGCUGUCGCGCGAGCUGCUGCUGCAGCAGCAGCAGCAGACGUGUUUAGCCCUCGGGGAGGGGCUUCUGGGGGGCGGCUGCCUUGCUGCUGCUUCCUCGAGGCUCAGGUCUUUCAGCAGAGCCUUCAGCAAGACUGUAGGCAGAGGGGCUUCUCGCGAGGACUACCGGCGCAGCAGCAGCAGCGCAGCAGCAGCAGCAGCGCAGCAGCAGCAGCAGCAGCAGCAGCAGCAGCAGAAGUCGCUGCGGUUCGUAUGGACCAAGCCCGAGCUGGCAGCAGCGCUGCUGGAAGCAGCAGCAUGGAGUCUCUUUGACGAGCAGCUGCUGGGCCCCUGCUGCAGCGGGGGAGUGCAGCAGCUGCAGCAGCUGCAGCAGCAGCAGCAGCAGCGGAAGACACGGGGCUUGCUGCUCAGCUCGCCUCUUGCUGCGCUGCUGCAGCGAAAAGACCCCCACGAAGAGCUGCCGCGCCUGGCGGAAUUUGUUGCUGCUGCUGCCUCGCAGAAAAGCUGCGCGAGCAGCACCCCAGCAGCAGCAGCAGCAGCAGCAGCAGCAGCAGCAGCAGCAAGCAGCACAAAGGGCGGCGGCAAGAGCCCCGGCUUUUUGGACUUUCCUGCUGCUGCUGGCGGGGCCACAGAAGUGCCUCUGCUGCUGCACCAGGGCCUGCUGCUGCUCAGCAGCAGCAGCAGCAGCAGCAGCAGCAGCAGCAGCAGCAGCAGCAGCGUUGCUGGCCGGAGCCUGGGGGUGGUGCUGCAGCUGCUGUGGCUGGUGGACGGGCUGGGGCUGGCGCUGCUGCCAAAUGCAUGCAGCAGCAGCAGACACAGCUGCUGCUUGCCGCUGCAGCAGUGCACAGAGAAGCACAAGAGAGAUUUGCUGCUGAGCAGGGGCCCCUGCUUCCCGCUGCUGCUGCAGCAGCUGCUGGAGGGGGUGCUGCUGCUGUGUCUUUGCUGCGGCGCAGCAGACGCAGCAGCAGCCAGGGGCUACGAGCGCCUCGCGCUGCUGCUGCUGCUGCAGGGCGACCUCCGCAGAGCAGCAGCUUGCUGCUGCUUGUCUCUUGCUGCUGCUGCUGCUCCUCGCCGGCCCUUUUCCUCUCCGGACUCCCCUUCUUUGAUGUCUGCUGCUGCAGUGCAGCGCAGCUUUGCUGCUCGCCCCCACUGCAGCAGCAGCAGCAGCAGCAGCAGCAGCAGCAGCAGUCCGUUUGCGGCCGCCUGCUCGUUCUCCUAUGCCUUUGUUAAACGCAUGCAGCAGCAGCUGCUGCUGCUGCAGGGCCAUUCGAACGCAGCAAAGUACGAGGCGCUGCUGCUGCUGUGGCAGCAGCGCUCUGCUGCUGAGCUCCUCGUGCGGCAGCGUGCUGCAGCAGCAGCAGCAGCAGCAGCAGCAGCAGCACAGGCCAACGGAGAUGAAACGCCUUUCCCGCUGCAGCCCCCAGCAGCAGCACGGCCAAGGCCAGGAGCUCUGCUGGCAGCAACGCUGCAGCCUCCUGACCCGCAGCAGCAGCAGCAGCAGCAGCAGCAGCAGCCUACGCUGAACUCAAACGCCGCCAGAACAGGGUUGCUGCCGCAGCAGCAGCAGCAACAGCAGCAGCAGCAACAGGCGCAGUCGGACGAGCAGGACUGCAAGCAGCAGCAGCAGCAGCAGCAGCAGCAGCAGCAGCAGCAGCAGCGGCAGCAGCAGCUGGCGGGAGACGUGCCCCCCCGGCUGCUGGAAGAAAUGCAGCUGAUGACAGCAGCAGAAAGAGCAGCAGCAAUAGCAGCAGACUCGAGGAGAUUUGCUGCGCUGCUGCUGCUGCAGUGCCGCUCCACGAAGGUCUUCUGGCUGCCCCCUGCAUGCAAAGACCUCAGCAGCAACAGCAGCAGCGGCAAAAGCAGCAGCCACAGCAGCAGAAGAAGCAGCAAUGCCGCAGCAGCAGCAGCAGCAGCAGCAGCAGAUGAGGAGCUGCGGCUGUCUUUGGAGAGGCGUAUGCGGGCAGCGCUAGGUCCCCUUUUGACUUACGGCUGCAGCAGCAGCAGCAGCAGCAGCAACAGCAGCAGCGACAGCAGCAGCAGGCGGAGCAGCAAGAGCACCACCUGCGGCAGCAGCAAAGACAGCAGCAGCAGCAAGGACAGCAGCUGCAACGCGGCUGCUGCAGCAAGCGGGAGCUCUUCCGCAGCAGCAGCAGCAGCACCGCCAGCAGCAGCAGCAGCAGCGGGCGAGCCUGCGGGGUCCACAACAGCAGCAGCAGCAGCAGCAGCAGCACUAGGAGCAGCAGCAGCAGCAGCAGCAGGAGAAUGCGUCGAACUGAGCUGCUACGUGGGGCUAGUGAACCGCGCCGUUUGCUGCUUGUCUGCUGCUGCGCAGCUGCUGCCAGCAGCACCGCAGUCUUGGGCACUUCUUGCUGCUGCUGCUCUGCAUGCAUUUCACUUCAAAGCUGCUGCUGAGUUUGCCCGGAAGGCUUUGCUGCUGCAGCAGGACUGCCCCCGCACCUGGUGCCUCUUUGCGCUUUGCUGCAGCGCCCGCUGCAGCGCAGCAGCUCCCGUCAGCUUGCUUCCAGACCCCAGCAGCAGCAGCAGCAGCAGCAGCAGCAACACCAGCAGCAGCAGCAGCAGCAGCAGCAGCAGCAGCAGAGGGCGUGCUGCUGUUCCCCUGCAGCCCCGUGCUGCACCCCCACCGCGUCCCUGUGGGGUCUUUGGGGGAGCUGGAGAGACACCUGAAGCAGACAAAAACGCAUGCAUGCGCAGCAGCAGCAGCAGCAAGGAUUGA